GUGUGUGUGUGUGUGUGUGUGUGUGUGCGUUUUACGUAUGUGCAUGAUUUGGAGUCAGGCUGGAGGAGAGAGCAGCAGACAAGGUGGAGAGUGGACGAGAGAGGCACGUUACCCACGCUGAAGACGCCAGUUUUCUGUUUACACCAUAAAAUCUGAACAAAAGCUCCUCAGAGGUAUUGGGUCAGAACCAUCACUCAUGAUGUCCAGUAACUGUUCUUUCAAUCUAAUAGAAGACAAAAGAGAAUGGCUUUGUCCUCCAGAAAACAUUUGUGCCAAUGUGACUUCAGUCAUGAACGACAGUCUAAUUGAUGUGGAUGAAGCAUGUCUGACAAACGACCAAUAUUUGGAAAAUUAUUUAGGUUAUCGUCGAUCACCCAUGUUCCUCCCAGUCUGCCUCGUCUAUCUGGUCAUCUUCUUGGUCGGCGUUGUGGGGAAUGUGCUGACAUGCACGGUCAUUGCACGCAACAAAGUCAUGUGGACGCCAACAAACUACUACCUGUUCAGCUUGGCGGUGUCAGACCUGCUGGUGCUACUACUUGGUAUGCCUCUGGAGCUGUAUGAACUGUGGCAAAAUUAUCCCUUCUUGUUUGGGAAAGGAGGCUGCCACUUCAAAAUCUUCUUAUUGGAGACCGUAUGCUUGGCGUCGAUCCUCAACGUGACGGCUCUGAGCAUCGAACGCUACAUUGCUGUGGUGCACCCACUGCGGGCAAAGUCUGUUGUGACACGUACCCACGCCAAGCGGGUCAUCCUCACCGUGUGGGGUGUUUCAGUGUUGUGCGCUGUGCCAAACACCAGCCUGCACGGGAUCCUCAUCCUCCGCAUUCGCUCUGCCGGCCCUGCUGGGGUUGAAAACCUGGACAUCCCUGACUCGGCCAUCUGCACGCUGGUAAAACCACAGUGGAUGUACAACCUGACCAUCCAGCUGACCACCUUUCUGUUUUUCAUUCUGCCCAUGGCCACAAUCAGCGUCCUCUACAUGCUCAUCGGGGUGCAGCUGAAGCGUGAAAAGAUGCGGCYGGCAUUAGAAGGCAAGUCUGGUUUCGGAAAGGACAGCUUCUGCAAUGUCCGAAUGCAGCAGCAGAAGACACGUCGCCAGCAGGUCACGAAAAUGUUGUUUGUUUUAGUGGUGGUGUUUGGCAUCUGCUGGGCCCCGUUUCACAUCGACCGCCUCAUGUGGAGUUUCAUCAGCAAAUGGACUGACAACUACCUGAGAAUCUUUGAGUAUGUGCACGUCAUCUCCGGCGUUUUCUUCUACCUCAGCUCAGCGGUCAACCCCAUCCUGUACAACCUCAUGUCCACGCGCUUCAGAGAAAUGUUCAAGGAAGUGAUGUGCCAUCGGCCGCACCACACCACCCCGAGGAAACACUCGCUCAGUGUGACCCGAGUGACGCUUCGCAGCACCCUGAGUGACGCCCCGCUCAGCAACGGAGCCGCUGUUGUUGAAGCUGAGGCGGAGGGUGGAGGGAGACAGGAAGGUGAAAGACCGGGAGAAUUUGUCUCGUUAAAGACAACUUUGAGGUCAUGCAAAGAGGACAGGGUUUGCUGAAUGGUCUUUGGUUUAAAGGGCUGCCAUGUUCUGAAUCAGUGCGCCCAUGUGAUCAGAAACUGCACUGUGGACGUAUUAAAUGAAAGACACACGACUUCUUAAGWCUAAAGUGUUCAUUGCACUAAAAUUUUAAAAAGAUAACCAUUAACCCAACAGGUACACUAUGAAUAUGACCUCCGUCGAUCAUGCUGGGUAACGCAAACACUCGAUACAAUAAAGCUUUAAAAUAUGGAUGUACAGUACCAACUGUACAUAAACUGUACUGUAAAUAUAGAUAUUCUACGCACAUGAUCAGUUUUGUCAAUGUACAUUCAAAUUAAGUUAAGCAGUCUGCAAACUUUCCAAUCAAAAGAACAAUUUCUGCUAUUUACUGGAAAUUUUACUUAGCUUUGAUCAAAACGUUGUUACUCCUAAUUUUUGGUGUUAACAGA